AUCCAUAAAUAGGUCAACAAAAUGGCGAGCAGGUUGUCGAGCUUUCCAGUCCUGUCUUCAAAAUACAGGCCCUUGCAAAGACUAUCUCCAUCAGCUGCAACACAAUGCUGGUAUUCCACUACUGUAGCUGCUCCUGCCACUCCAAUCAACAAAGUCUUGAUUGCCAACAGAGGUGAGAUAGCGUGCCGUGUGAUGCGGACAGCGAAGAAGAUGGGCAUACGUACAGUGGCAGUGUACAGUGAAGCAGACCAGGAUGCUUUGCAUGUCGCUAUGGCAGAUGAAGCAUACCCUAUAGGACCAGCAGCCUCCCAGCUCAGCUAUCUUAACCAGCAGAAGAUUCUACAGGUUGCAAAGACCAGUGGAGCACAGGCAAUUCACCCAGGUUAUGGAUUUUUGUCAGAAAAUACAGAGUUUGCUGAACUGUGUGCACAAGAAGGGGUUGUCUUCAUAGGUCCUCCUUCCUCUGCCAUCAGAGACAUGGGGAUUAAAAGCACAUCCAAGUCCAUAAUGGCAGCUGCUGGGGUGCCAGUCAUUCAUGGUUACCAUGGCGAGGACCAAUCACUGGAGACCCUGAAGCAAGAAGCUGACAAGAUUGGGUUUCCAGUGAUGAUCAAAGCUGUGCGUGGAGGAGGAGGGAAGGGAAUGAGAAUUGCAAUGACAGCAUCAGAAUUUGAGGAACAGCUAAAUUCGGCCAAAAAUGAAGCCAUCAAGUCCUUCAAUGAUGACAUUAUGCUGCUAGAAAAAUUUGUUGACACGCCAAGGCAUGUGGAGGUGCAAGUGUUUGGAGAUCUUCAUGACAACCAUGUUUAUUUAUUUGAGCGAGACUGCAGUGUGCAGAGAAGACACCAGAAGAUCAUAGAGGAGGCACCAGCACCAGGGCUCAGUGAGGAGGUGAGGGUGCAGCUGGGGGAGGCCGCAGUGAGAGCAGCUAAAGCUGUCAACUAUGUUGGAGCAGGCACUGUAGAAUUUAUAAUGGACAAGAACCAAAACUUCUACUUCAUGGAGAUGAACACACGUCUCCAGGUGGAGCACCCAGUGACAGAGAUGAUUACAGGAACAGACCUGGUGGAGUGGCAGUUUAGGGUGGCAUCAGGUGAGAGCAUCCCUAUGUGCCAGGAAGACAUCAAGUUAAAGGGACAUGCAUUUGAAGCUCGUGUGUAUGCGGAGGACCCAGAGAACGGGUUUAUUCCUGGGGCUGGCCCCCUGCAGCACCUGUCCACCCCUGACCCAGACACACACACCAGGAUAGAGACUGGAGUAAGACAAGGGGAUGAAGUGUCCGUGCAUUAUGACCCCAUGAUAGCCAAGUUAGUGGUGUGGGCUGAAGACAGAGCUGCAGCUUUGCAGAGGACACUUGCAGCUUUGAAACAGUAUAAUGUGGUAGGUUUGAGCACCAAUUUGCGAUUUCUGUCAGAUCUGGCUAGUCACCCCGAGUUCCAGGCAGGAAAUGUGCACACAGGCUUCAUCCAGCAGCAUUAUGACCAACUCUUCCACCAGGUGGAACUGUCAGACUCCGCACUGUGCCAGGCGGGACUUGCUCUUGUUUUGACUGAAGGAGAGCAGAUGGUAAUGGCAGGUCUCCAGUCUACAGAACUGUUUUCACCAUUUACGUUCUGCCAAGGUCUCAGGUUGAAUGACAGUCUUUGCAGAACAAUUACUCUAAAAGACGGGGACCAGAACAUUGAGUUGAAGCUGACAUACAAUCCUGAUGGCACAUACACAUCAGCCGUGAGGGAUAGAGAGUAUCUGGUCACUGGUCACUUAGAGACACAAGGCAACAAAACUGUCCUUAAGUCAUGUAUUGGUGGGAUCCAUCAAAAAGCCAAUGUGGUCAUACAGGGAGAUUCAAUUCACGUGUUUACAAUGGAAGGCAGUCACUCUCUGAGCCUCCCUGUUCCCAAGUACCUGCAGCCUACCAAGGGGGGGAGCAGUGUGGGGGAUGCGGUGGCCCCCAUGCCUGGAGUGAUAGACAAGGUGCUGGUGACAGAGGGGGAGCUGGUGGAGGAGGGACAGCCAUUGAUGGUGAUGAUAGCUAUGAAAAUGGAGUAUGUCAUCAGGUCCCAUCGCCAGGGCACAGUGGAGAAGAUCCCGUACAAAGAGGGCAGCACUGUCAACAAGGGAGCUCUGCUGGUACAUCUCCAGGAGGAAACACCAGAGGGAGGCACUGGAGUAGACAGCACUGACGUGUUAUAGAAAUUAUGCACCAGAGGGUGACAUUGGAGUGGACAGCACUGACAUAUAGUAGAUAUAAUACACCAGGGGGUGACACUGAAGUGGACAGCACUGACAUGUACUCGAUAAAAUAUUGUUUCUGUCACUUACAUACUCUGCCUUACAUAAGUACUAGGAGCAGGCAAUUCUCUUGCAGAAAUGGAGUUCUUGGUUCUAUGGGUGUAAGCUCUCUGAUGGUAUUUAAUACUCAGUGUGGUCAUUUGGAAGACAUUAGUGGUGGUAUAUUUCAGAUUUACAGUCCAACAGUCUCUAGCACAGGUGUCAAACAUCUUCACAUGUGUGGAAAGCGAACUUUUUGGAAAUGAUCUGUGGAGUUGUCAUGACGUUUUGUUCUUGUAUUUGUCUCCCAGUCAUUUAGUUAAUGAAUGUUGUAUUGUUGUGAUGGGAGAGGAGUCAAUAAAAAAUUUAAAUCUUA